AUAAUCAAACGAUAAUUUGUCAACAACGAGAUACUUGGUUUUAAAAUUUAAAUUUGCUUAAUUAUUUUCAUUUAAAAUGGCUCAUUUGGAUUUAAAUCGGAAUAAAAAACGAAACCUUAAAGGACAAUUUUCAAAAAACGUUCCAAAGAACAAUUUUUAUGUGGAUUCAAAUGAAAAUAAAAUUACAAACGACAAUCGGGAUUUACAAAAUGACCACUGUUAUUUUGAUGAUUUUGCUAUCGGAUCGUCAGUAAACGUGCCCUCAUUGGCCUCAAUUGACAACAGCGUCAGCGAUGCCAGUUGGAAAGUUGGUAGACGUGUCAUUGAACUGGACACAUUGGCCGAAUCCCUUUCAGGAUGCAGUUCUUGUCAAGUGCCUAUAAAUUUACUGAAUACCGUAGGAAGCAGGGAUUUUGGACUAGCAUGUGUUUUGGACAUACUGUGCUGCAAUUGUGGGGCGAUAAAUAAUGUAGCGACUGGACGGAAACAUGGCAGAGUUUAUGACAUGAACACAAAGCUUGCAUUGGCCAUGGUUCAUGCUGGUGUUGGGGUCAGACAAAUAAACAGUAUUUUGUCUACUUUAAACAUACCCGCUGUCAACCACACCAUGCUCAUCAGAAGACAAAACGAGGCUGGACAAGCUGUCGAAGAGGUGGCAAAGUCAAGUGCCGAUACAUUCUUGCGAGAAGAAGUGCAUUUGAAUGAAAUGCCUAACAAUGAGAUUGAUGUCAGUGUGGAUGCAGGAUGGCAGAAAAGAGGCAGUGGAAGGGCGUAUGAUAGUUUAUCAGGUGAAAAAUAUGUAAACAAACUGCUAGCAUGUACAUGACACUGCUCAAUGGUCAGCACGAAGACUGGCAAGGUCUUGGCAUAUGCAGUCCGUAGCAAAACCUGCAGAGUAUGCAGUCAGCAUAAGAAAAAAGGUUAAUCAGAAACUGGGUGUUUCACCCGGUACUUUCACGUCAAAACUGGCUCUUCUCCGUGACCUUCAGCACAAGAAAAGAAAGGCUAUAGCUGUUACUCGUGCAGCAAAACAGCGACGCAUAAGACUCAAACUGGAACGGCAUUCAAAGGACAUAGUGCAAGAAGUACGAGGGGGACCAACGUACAGUUCAAACAUAGAGGACCAAGAUGUUGAACUUACAACUAUACCCCCACCUGUACCCAAGCCUGGUCCAGCAGGACUAGACACUACUGGGAAGGAAUUUGUUUUCUUUGAUUUGGAAACAACAGGGUUAGAGCGUACUUCUCACAUAAUUCAGAUAGCUGCAGUGCAUACAACUGGUCAGUUUUCAACAUAUGUGAUGCCAGAGAAGAAGAUGUCCUUGAAAGCAUCAGAAAUAACUGGAGUGACUGUUGUUGGCGAGUCUAUGCUUGUCAAGGGACAAACAGUAACAGCUGUCCCAAUCAAAUCUGCAUUGACAAGUUUUAUAACAUUCUUACAGAAAUGUUCACCAGUUAUUCUAGUUGGGCAUAAUAUAGAGUCUUUUGAUUGUAAAGUGUUGCUCCAUGCUAUCCAUUCUUGUGGAAAAAUGUUUGAGUUUCAGCAAAAUAUUUGUGGCUUUUUAGAUACUUAUAAAUUGUUAAAGGAAAUAUUACCAAAUAUGAAAUCAUAUAAGCAGGAAAAUUUAGUUAAAGACGUCAUUGGUGAAUCAUACAUGGCACAUGGCGCUCUACAGGAUGUUUUAGCUUUACAAAAGUUAGUAAACUCUGUUCCUCUUGACCAAAAUAUUGUAAACAAAUAUUCAUUCAGCUAUGAACGUGCAAUAUUAGCAUACAAUGUUUCACUAAAUGUUGCAUCCAACAUCAAAUCCUUGCAAACAAUGAUUGAUAAAAAAGUUAUGAGUCAAGGUGUUGCAAGGAAAGCUGCAGGAAGUGGAUUGCAACUUAAACAUUUGAGAACUGUAUCAAAAAGAAACGGACUGAGUGGUUUAAGGAGCCUCCUGUCUGAGGUUACAAACGGACAAAUAAGAGUAACAAAAUCAGAGAAAAUAAUAUGUGCAAUAGCGAGUUAUUUGUUGCCGGAUAUUUAACCAAUUGUAAUUUUCAUCUUGUACAUAGAUUAGCUAUGAAAUCGAAUAGCUGUUACAUAAUUGGUUUUGCUUCUCAAUGACAAACAUAGUUAUGAUUCUUAUGUCAGUUGUAUUUCUCAUGUUUCACCUAAGUUGUAAGAUAUUUUUGGCAAUGCAUUAAACCACAGAUGGUUAAACAGUUGAAACAUUAUUGCGUCACUAAUUGUAUUAUAUGUUGUUUAUUUUGUAGAUGUACUAAUUUGAUUUGUAGUAUUUAGUGUUUGGUAUAACUGGUGAACAUUUCUGUAAGAUUGUAAUAAGCAUUUCUGUAAUGUGAAUUUUGAUAGUUGUUGCAUACAUUAGUAGUUGUUGUGUACAUGUGUAUUUUAUAUAUAUGGACAACAACACAUUUUUAUGCCUCCAAAGGGGUCAUAUAUUGAUCGGACCGUCCGUCCGUCUGUCUUUCCGUCACACUUUGCGUUUAGGUUUUGAAAAAAGGCUCAUAACUUCUAUGUCACUUCAGAUGUAACCUUCAUAUUUGGUAUGCAUGUAUGUGUAUAUGGACAAGGCCUUUCCAUACACACACAAAUGUGGACGCUCUCUAAUUGAAGUAGUUUUCACCCGAUCUUCACCUAAUUUGGUCAGAAGUUGUGUCUAGAUGAUAUGUAGGUCAAGUUCAAAUGGUCAAGUUCAAAUAUGGAUCAUGCCAGGUCAAAAACGAGGUCACUUAGUGCAUUUCAAGCAUUUAGCAUGGUGUCCGCUCUCUAAUUGAAGUUGUUUUCAUCCGAUCUUCACCUAAUUUAGUCAGAAGUUGUGUCUAGAUGAUAUGUAGGUCAAGUUAAAAUAUGGUUCAUGCCGGGUCAAAAACGAGGUCAGGAUGUCAUUUAGUGCAUUUCAAGCAUUUAGCAUGGUGUCCGCUCUCUAAUUGAAGUAGUUUUCAUCUGGUCUUCACCGAAUUUAGUCCGAUGUUACGUCUAAAUGAUAUCUAGGUCAAGCUCAAAUAUGGGUCAUGCCCGGUCGAUAACUAGGUCUCGAGGUCACUUAGUGCAUUUCAAGCAUUGAGCAUGGUGUCCAAAACCUUUGAACGGGCGUAUCUUGUGACAGUUUGGCAGUCUUGUUAAAAAAUGAGAAAUUUCUGUCUUUUAACAAUGUGAUUAAUAUUUUGUCUUAUUACUUAUUAUUAUUACAUUGUGAUAAUUAUACAGUCAUAUACAUAUAUCUGUCCACUGUUGCAAUUUUAAAAUACAUAGUUAAUUAUGUAAACAUAACAUUAUUUAUAAAUAUUAAGUUAUAUAUACAGGCUUUAAUAAUGACGACCGACUGUUGGUGACUCAAGUUAUAUUUCUUUUUUUGUAUUUGGAUUAUUUAGAAUGCAAAAAAUAUAAUGCUAUAUAUCAUAUAUUUGACUGACUCUGUUACAUAUUUACUCAUGUUUGUCACAUAUUCAGUGCAAAUGUGUAGUACAUGCACAAUGUUGAUAUGUAAAUUUAACAUUGAUUAUAGCUUGAAUGCAAUGUAUUUGUAUUGUAUUUAGCUUAUGGUGUAAAAUGUAAUGUGUGUACAUGGCUCUUAGUCGAAUUUGAUAACAGCUCAGUUAUGUACACAAGCUAUGGUUUGCGUUAAUCAUACCGUUGAUAAAUGAAGUAUUGUAUUCUUCCAUAGUUUUAUAUUGUAAUUAAUGGUGAUCAUUAUACAACCAUUUACUUUUAUCUGUUACAGGUUUACACACAUUUGUUAUAAAUUAUGCAAUAACUAAUUAAUAAACCCCAUUGAUUCUAUGUCAAUCUUAUAUUUGAAACCUUACUUAUGAUAAAAGUGUGUCUCCAAU